AUGCCAAGGCAGCCAUUACAACCGCUCGCCUUCAACUCGCGCCGGGCUCGCAGACCCCUAACUCUUCGGAAAACACCGCACCGAAGCACGCCCAGGGCCUCGCCGCGGGGGAAAUUCACUCCCUGUCACACCCACGAGAACCCCAGCAACAUGAUGCACUUCUUGUUGAUUGCUUCUAAAGAUGGAAAUGUGCAGUUCUCGCACUAUUUCACACACAGUGACCAAAGAGGUCGAACAGCUACAGAGAAGAGAGUUGUUUCAAAAUGUCUCUCUGCAGAAAAAGACUCGUGCCACUUUGUUCCUGAUGCAGACUUCACCUUGAUCUUCCGUUGGUUUGGACCUUGCUUGUUUAUUGUGGCUGCUGAUGAAGCGGAAAAUGAGUUGAUGGUGUACGAGUUUCUCAGCCUUUAUGUAAAUGCCCUCCAUCGGUAUUUUGGCAAAUUUUCUGAGAGACAUGUUCUCUUUAAUGUUGACAGACUUCACAUGGUCCUUGAGGAAAUGGUUGUGGAUGGGGAGUUGGUUGAAUCCUCUAUUGGAAAUGCUUUGAGCAUAGUGCAAAUGCUUGAUACUGUAGCUUCUAAGUCAUAGUUCUUAAUGCAUUUUAUCUGGUUUUCAGUACAUUUUACUGUUAACCCACUAUUAGAUUAAGUAGUUAUAUGCCAGUAUCAUUUAUUUUAACCCACUGCCACCCAGUACAUUCACUGUCCUCUAGUUGUCUUUUUAUUUUGUUUACAUACAUGGCUUUUCAAGUUCUAGUCUUCAAAGAGUCAGUUGUUAUGCCCACCAGACCUCACGUGUUUACCUCAUUCCUUAAAUAUUUGGGGAAAAGACAUUUCUUUAAAAUCCUGUUGUUAUCAUUUGUAAUAUUAUGUUAGUGAUAUAAUUUUUAGAAUAUUAACAUUAGUAAUAGUAACAAAUGCGUAAAUGUUUCUUCCUGAGAAUUAAAAGGACAGUGUCACUACGCGAGGGCAGGUGUGUCUAGUAAUGACAAAGUACUUGUAGAGCCAUCUGUAUGUAAAAACUUAUAUUCCAAGACUGCAGAUGCCAGGAGGGCAUUGUAUGAGCCUUCCUGGCAUCAAGUUAAUAAAAGGGAAAAAAUGCAGUGUCCUUUCUUUCUUUUCUUUUCAUUCAAAAGAAAAAGAAAUUCAAAUAUCAACCAUGAUUCAGGGAUGCAAAAUGUGACAUCCACAGCAUAAAGUAAAGUGGGAACACCAAGCCUUAACAGUGGCUAAUUAAACCUGUAUAAGCAUUGAUUCAACCUUGUAUUUUUUUUUUUUUUUACAUAUUUCAAUUUUCAUAUUAUGAGUAUUUUUCUGUGGGAGGUAUUGUUAAUAGUAGGGUAUAUGCAAUGAUUGAAAGAAACAAAGUUUAUGUAUGUGAAUUUAUUAAACCUUCAGGAAAUGCUGCUUGUACACCUUAAAUUAUCAAUAAAAUUAAAUAAUA